ACUCGAUCCAGUGUCAAAACCAAGUUCCCUACAAAAAAGCAAAUUCAAUACAUUCAAACCCAGUUCCCGUCCCUGUUCCCUUCAAACAAUAAACAAUAAAAAAACACACUUCAAGAUCACUUCAUUUCGAUAACAAAAAGAACCUUUUAGUUCUUCUUAGAAAGGCAACUCAAAAGAUUUCUCGAUCUCUUUAGUUAUCAAACUUUUUUUGUUUUUUUGUUUUAACGUUUACGAAGAAGAAAUCACUUUUCAAAAGUUGUUCUUCUUAUUUCUUUAAACUAUUUGAUCAAUUCCUCAUUGAUCUAUCUUCAAAUUAUCAAACACAACCCAAAACUAUCAAAAACACAAAAAUAAAUCGGCUCCCUUCGAAUCCUUUUUGAAAAAUCUCUCUUAAAUAUAUUAAAAUGGCUCAAGUUUCAGACAAUGCUGCUCCUACUGCAAAUGGUCAUGAUGAUGGUGUUGCUGCCAUCACUGAUGCCUUAGAAUCUACCAACUUAGAAUUAGGCAGAAAGAUCUUUGUCGGUAAUUUGAACUUUACCACCAAAGAGGACCAAUUGAAAGAACUCUUUGUUGCUCAUGGUUCAAUUUCGGAUGUACAAAUCAUUCUAAGAGGCACUCGGUCUUUAGGAUACGGUUUUGUGACGUUUGAUAAGGCAGAAGACGCUGAGAAAGCGGUGGCUGCGAUUGACAAGACUGAGAUCGAUGGUCGUACUGUCAAUGUUGAGAUUGCUAAACCUGCCCCGGGUACCCCUGGUGGUCCGGCUCCAAGAGGUGCAAAGAAGAAUGGAGCAGCAGGUGCAGAGGGUGAAGAGAAUGGAGAAGGUGCCCCUCGUGGGUCAAAGCCAAGACGUGGGCGAAAUAGUCGUGGACGUGGAAGAGGCCGAGGUCCGAGAUCAAGACAAACAACUGAUGGGGCCAAGACCGAACAAGACGGAGCCGAAGCAGGUCAAGCUACUGAACAAUCUGGUGAAACCCCAGCCGCACCUGCUAAACGUGGCGGUCGCAGUGGUCGUGGUCGUGGAGGAAAUCGAUCUGCUCGCAGGGAAGGUCCCCCAGAGGGAGAACCCAGCAAGGUCCUGUUAUUUGUGGCCAAUUUACCCUUCUCCCUUACAGAUGAAGGAUUGAAAGAUUUCUUCAAUGCCUAUGAAGUUACCUCCGCACAUGUGGUACGAAGGAAAUUUGGUCAAUCAGCUGGUAAAUCAAAAGGGUUUGGAUUUGUUGAAUUUGCAAAUGAAGCUGCACAACAGAAGGCUUUAGAAGAAAGUCAAGGAAAAGAAAUGAAUGGAAGAGAAUUACACAUUAAAGUGGCGGUGAAUGAAUUGAAGGAUGAAAAGGAUGAAGAAGUGGUGGUGGUCGCUACCUCUCCUCCAGACGAAGCGUAAAAAUGUUGACAUCUUUACCUUGCUAUUCAUUCUUCGAUCAUGAUUAACUUUGAUGGAGUUUUUCCUCGGGUUUGACAUUCAUAAUCUUACUCCUUACUCCCGGAUCGAAUAAAGAAGAAAAGAAAGAGAAAAAAGUCAUUCAUUUAUUUCGUUUGGAAUCUUUUUCAUGUUUUUUUUUCUCUUUCUCUUUUUUGUUUUGUUUUGAAGGGUUUACUUUUUGUUUGAGUUACGUUGAAUGGGUUUUUGAUCAAAGAAAAUGGGUAGGAGAUGGGUACGGUUCUUUGAUUGAUUGUUGGUUCACGUUCUUUUUUAUUUAGUAUAUUGAGGGAAAGGUGAAAUGGACUCAAUCCAUUUUGUUGAAUGCUAGAAAACUCAUCAGUUAUGAAUGGAGGAUGUCAAGUCUUUUUUGUUGAAGUUUGAUCUUGAAAUUCAAUUUUAUAGCAUUGCAUCGCAUUGAAAUAAUCAGGGGG